GGGAUUAAAAGACGGGGUAAAAUUGAGGGUAGGAGAGAGAGAGACAGAGUAAUUCACACAUGGACAAAAUGUCAUGCAGCUCUUUUCUGUACAGACAUAGAAGUGGGCUAGGUUUAUGUUUGUUUAUAGGCAACCGUAGUCACACAAAAAAAGAAAAACACACAUCAGGAGUUUCAUCUCUGAUAUGAACAUCACUCUUCAGACCACAAUGGGUGAUAGGAUGCCCUGGAGCCCACCUCAGAGCUCCAACGUUGGGUGGGACCUUUAAAACUCCACCGACAGGGGUGGAGCGAGAGAGCUAGACAGAAAAUAGAGCAAGAAGGAAAACAGAAGCGAGAGGGAGGGACGAGAGAGGGAGGAUAGAGUGUUACUUCACUUCGAGGAUAGGGGAUGGGGAAUUGUACCAAGCCAUCCAUGAAAAACAAAACGAAAAAGGACAGGGACCUACGACCCGAGGAGAUUGAAGAGCUCCGCGAGGCGUUUCUGGAGUUUGAUAAGAAGAAGAAUGGCUACAUCAGCUACAAGGACCUAGGAGAGUGCAUGAGGACCAUGGGCUACAUGCCCACAGAGAUGGAGCUCAUCGAGCUUGGCCAGUCCAUCUGUGGGGGAAAACUAGACUUUGAGGACUUUGUGGAGCUGAUGGGCCCAAAGAUGCUGGCAGAGACAGCAGAUAUGAUCGGAGUGAAAGAACUGCGAGACGCAUUCAAGGAGUUCGAUACUAACGGUGAUGGUCAGAUCAGUAUAAUGGAGCUUAGGGAGGCCAUGAAGAAACUGAUGGGAGAACAGCUGACAAACAGAGAGAUUGAUGAGAUCCUCCGGGAUGUGGACCUCAACGGGGAUGGACUGGUCAACUUUGAGGAAUUUGUUCGAAUGAUGUCACGCUGAGAUGAACAGACGGAGUCGUUGUGCAACAACUGGAAAAGGGACCACUGCAUUUGUAGUGAACAUUCUUGCACCAUGCUAGUGACUGAGCAUCGAUUCUAAAACGUUAUUUCUGUUAAGCAGCACUUAUAACGUUCAUUUUGUUAAGCAGCACUUAUAACGUUCUUUUUGUUAAGCAGCACUUAUAACGUUCUUUUUGUUAAGCAGCACUUAUAACGUUAUUUUUGUUAAGCAGCACUUAUAACGUUCUUUUUGUUAAGCAGCACUUAUAACGUUCUUUUUGUUAAGCAGCACUUGUAACGUUCUUUUUGUUAAGCAGCACUUAUAACGUUCUUUUUGUUAAGCAGCACUUAUAACGUUCUUUUUGUUAAGCAGCACUUGUAACGUUCUUUUUGUUAAGCAGCACUUAUAACGUUCUUUUUGUUAAGCAGCACUUAUAACGUUCAUUUUGUUAAGCAGCACUUAUAACGUUCAUUUUGUUAAGCAGCACUUAUAACGUUCAUUUUGUUAAGCAGCACUUGUAACGUUCUUUUUGUUAAGCAGCACUUAUAACGUUCAUUUUGUUAAGCAGCACUUAUAACGUUCAUUUUGUUAAGCAGCACUUAUAACAUUCAUUUUGUUAAGCAGCACUUAUAACGUUCAUUUUGUUAAGCAGCACUUACAGUAAAUUGAGUGAAAUCCUGAGGUAGUUCUACAAAUCUUAUAACUCAAGAUGUGACAAACGUGCAUGACGGUGACAGGGUUCAGAUAUUACGUCAUUGUUUCAGCACGAUCCAGUCGGUAGUGGUUUGUGGGUAAAAUCACCGGGGAAGCCAAGCCAGGGGUGAAAAAGUCAAAUUACAGCCUAUGUUUUGUGAUAAUUGCGUUGGUUGCUCAAUAACCUGUUAGUUAUAUGCCUUCCCACCAUGAUAUAUAGGCAGAGACAAUAUAGGCCGAAGGCGGAGUCCACAAAGCAUAUUGCAUGUAACAAACAGUUACGUGACCUACACCAGGGUCAAGCAAGUUAAUGUUUCCCACAUGCUCGGACCACUAAACAACUAUUGGUUUAGAACCACAGACAGUUACUGCAAGUUGAAGAGAAAACAGGAGCUGCCUCCACUAUUUCACCACCAUUUCAGAUUCAUCAAAUCACCUCGGCUUAGUUUAAUACAGUGACAACUAAAAGAUUUCUAAAAGAUGUCAAAAAACAAGAUUUCAAAAACAAGAAACGCCAAUGACAUCCUCCUCUCUAUCAUGUCGCCUAAACGCUCUAUGACUCUGUCAUACAGUACACGCUUUUAGGUUUUGUUGUCCUCGGCUACCUGGCUAAAAGUCUUGCUCGCUAGCCUAACUUCCGUUCAUAGGUAACUAGUUAACGUUGGCCUACUACAUCUAGCUACAUAUUGAACUUCCUAUCAGACCAGACGCACAAUGUAUGAAUUUAUGGUUGGAACUGGAUCACUGUUAUAAUCAUUUUUUGGUACACCAGGACCAUUCACAGUUGAGCUCGUUUAUCUCAACGCUGAUUGGUUAUAAUUUCUUUUAAACAUGUAUCAAGGGAGGCCAAAUGCUUGCUGGCUUCCCUUGCGUUCAAUGCUACAGGCGGCAACAAUGUCAUACUCUUUUUGGACCAGACAGCAUCAGCUGGGCUACACCUACUAAGAAAGAGGGGCGCUGUUUCACUCUCUCAGAUGCUUUCGUGAGAUUCAUUCAGCCUCUUCCGAAAUUGAAGGAAAAUUCUGAAACACAGAGAGACAAAAGAGGUCAAAUGUUUAUUGGUAAGUGUUUUGGGGAAGCCUGGCUUCCCUUGGCAUCCAUGAGUACACACCACUCUGUCAACUGAGGUUUUUUUUAACUACCGCGCUUGAUAUGGUUCAAUUAAUCAAUAAAUCAGCACAAAUUUUCGGUUUUUCAAAUUGCCGAUGUUUUGAUGCUAGGAUUGAGAUCAUGCAUAGUAUGCUCUGCUCACAACAAAAAUGACAGAGAGCAAUGUACAAUACGGCAAAAUGUAGCAAAAUGAGGAACGUGUGGUACUGUAAGUGCAUGGGGGCCGCCAUCUUUAUACACCUCCGCUAUAGGAAUGAACAUUGUUCUGUUGUAACAUAUCAAAAUCCUAACGCAUGGCUGUCAUUAUUAUGUCUUAUCUUUUAACAGUUAAUUUUUUUUAGAAGUGAACAUUUUUACUCUGUUUGUAUGUGUGUUCAAGGGUUUAAACCUUGUUUGUAAAAUGUGAUGGGUUUUUUUUCAAAUAAAAAAAUACUCUGUGUGGUUUA